AUGAACGAUAGAGAUAAAUUACAUAAGAAAAAAGAGAAGUAUGCCAAUUUAAAUGACGAUGUAGAAUAUGAGGAGAUCGAAAAAAAAAUGAAAAGGAGGAAGGUAGAAAAGAAGUUUACAAACACAAACACAAACACCAUGGAAUAUAAAUUAAAUAUUCAGAAUAAUAUAUUUUUAAAACAUAUGAAAGAGAACAAAGAAAAAUAUGAAAAAAUCGAUAAUGUAGAAAAAAUAUAUAGAAAGUUAAAAGCUGAUAUUAUUUCGUUAAAUGUAUCAUAUGUUCAAAUGGAACAUUAUGAUUCUUUUUUUUAUUAUGAAAAAAAUAAAAUUGAUUUUAUACUUCCUGAAUUAGAUAAUAUUAUUAAUUCAUCAAAUAUUGAUACAUUAAAAGAAUUAUGUGAUAUAUCGUUUUAUCCUAUUUAUAAUCCAACACUCAGCAAACGAAUAAUAGAAUGGUUGACAAAAGAUAGAAAUAAUAAUGAUAAGAAGGAAUAUACUGAAAGUGUUAAUAUGUCUUAUUUAUUUAGUUUGAACAUCCUCUUAUCAUACUUAAUAUAUAAGAAUGAUGAUAAUUCAAAUUAUAGCUGCAUGAUAUACCUUAAUAUGCUACACUGGAUGCACAACGACAAGAAAAUUUUGAAAUUUCGUCUGUUCAUACUCAAAGGAAUACUCAAGAGAUUCUUAUUUUGUUGUUCUUAUUUUAAUGAUAAAGAAAUUUUAAAGUUAAAAAAAAUUGAAAAUGAUAGUGUGAUAGAUGAGGAAAAACUUGACGUUUUAAAAAAUAUAUUUCUUACUUUGCAUAACAGCGUGGAAUAUAUAGAUAUAAGUAAUUUGCUAAACAUAAAUGAUAAGAAUUGUAUAUUUGAAUUAAUUAAAUUUUUUAUCGAGUUAAUUAAAAAGCCUUUAAUAUAUUCUUUACACAUACUAUGUGUAAACUAUUUAAUAAAGAUAGUGAAGAGUUGUUAUGACUUUCGUUUUACGUAUAAUAUAAAUGUAGAAUUAUACGACAUAGGCCCAGAAGUAAAUAUUUUUGUAAAAAUUAUAAAUUUAAUAUUAGCGAAAAUAUUGUCUGUUAUAAAAGAUACGAAGAAUGAUGAAAAUAUGUUUUGUUUAGAACAGAUAAAUAAUAUAAAUAAUUUAAUUACUUUAUUCUUUAUUAACGUUUUAAAUAAUUGUGUUCGUAUUAUUAUACCACAAGUUCUAAUUAAUGAUAAACUAAAGAAACAAUAUUUAUUAAAUAAUGAAAAUAAAUAUAAUAGGGAAGGAAAUACAAACAACGAUGACAAAAUAUUUGAAGAUGAAGUUGUUUUGAAUGCAUGCAAUCCUAUAUUUUCUUUUAUUGAAAUAUUUAUAAUAAAUCACAGCGAUAAAUACGAAAAAAAUGUAUUUAUCGAACUAAUCAAAAUAUUAAUAAAAGAAUGCCGAAAAAUUGAAAAGAGAUAUAAUAUUAUGAAAAUGAUUUCUGAUGAAUAUAUUUUAUUCAUAAAGGAUGGUGAUAGUAAAAGGAAACAUGACAAAUCUAUAGAUACAAAUUAUAUAAAAAAUCGAAAAGUAAGUAGAAAGAGGUUUGAUUCUAAUGCUUCUUUUAAGUUGUCAGAUGAGUAUAGUUCAUCUAUAUAUUCGGAGACGGAAGAUGAGGAUAAGAACGAGGACGAUGUACAUAAAAAUGGAAUAAGAAAUAUAACUAAUAAUCAAAAUGGAAUCAAUGUAAAUGAUGACGAUGAUAGUAAUAAAAGAAAUAAUGAAAUUAACGAGGAAACAAAUCAAAUAACUAUGAAAGAGAGUACAAAAAUUAAUAAGGAUGAUACAAUAUCAUCACAAAUGGCGGAACAAAUAAAAUCAAACGAGUCAUCAGAAGCAAUAGAUGAUCCUAAUGAAAUAAAUAAACAACCAAAGAAAAAAGUGUAUAGAAAUAAUUUCAUUAAUAAAUUGAAUUAUAAAAGAAAAGGAACAUUUCAUGUUGAUAAUAAAAGAUAUUAUAUUACAUAUGAAAGUGUAAUGGUUAGAUAUUUGAAUUUGUUAUUAAAAUAUAUGAAUUGUGAAAGAUAUCAUAUAAGAAAUACUAUGCUUGAUUUAUUUUUAUCUUUAAUAAAAAAGAAAAGAACAAAUAAAAAUGAAUCUAUAUUUCAAAGUUUAUUUAAACUCUUUUUGGAACGUUUAGAAGACCCGAAUGUAAUUGUAAAGGCAAAGGCGUUAUCUAUCUUAGUUACCUUAACGAAUAAGAAAUAUUAUGAUAAUUCUUUAAUAUAUAAAUUUAUAUUUAAUAAAAUGAAUGAAAAAAUAAAUAUGUAUAAAAUUAUAUCAUCCAACAUUUAUAGUAAUCGUAGUAAUAUACGAAAACUAAUUAUACAAUAUAUAGAAGCCAUUUUUGAAACAUUAAUACAUAAAAAAUUAAAUUAUAAAAUAUUUUUUUUUUUUGUAUGUAAUUAUUUGUGUACAUUAUCAUUAGAUGCUAUGUCUUCUGUACGUAGACAAGUAUUAUUAACUGUUAAUAAUUUAUUUAUUAAUGCAAGUCAUGAUUUUCAUAUUACUAAAAUAUGGAUAGCAAUAAUUUUUUCCGCAAUUACUGAUAUCGAAGAAACUAUAAAAGAUGAAUGUGUAUCUAUAUUUUUAAAUACGUUUAUUAAACCUGCUUUGUCAAGUUCACUAUUAAAUAUAAAUGAGAACAAAAUUAAACAAGUAUUGAAAAAGUAUAAUAUAACUUAUUUUAGAAUUAAUCAGGAAUUCGUUGAAAAAAUUGGUAUGAAAUAUUUAAAUGAGAAUCCAAGAAAAUAUGAAUGUAAUGAUGUGCCAAAUAAGGUGCCUAUUAUUUCAUUAAGUGAUGAUACAAAAAAUAAUAAAUUUAAAAAUGUGAAUAAUAUUGACUAUAAUAAUGAAGAAGGAAAGAUAUAUGAAUAUAAUAAUUAUAGUAAUAUAAAUAUGGAUAAGAUAAUGGAAGAAAAAAAAAAUAAGAAUUUGAAAAAACCAAGUGAUGAAGAAUAUGAUAGGAACAAUGAUGGUAUAUUAUAUUUAAUUCAUUUAUGUAAUAUAUAUUUUGAGAAUGAUUUAAAUAAUACUUUUAUUUGUAUAUUAAAAUAUAUGACUAAAUAUGAUUUAUUACAUUUUAACAUAAUCAUAUCAUAUUUAAAAAAAAAGAAGAAUAAUACAUUAGAAGAAUUUAUAAAUUUUUUAAAUUCUUUUUUAUAUAAUAUGAGAUAUUUUUCAAUAAAGGUAUUAAAUACAUUUUUAUUAGAUUUUAUAAUACAGUUAUCUAAAGAAUAUGAGAAAAAAAUAAAAUUUGAGAAUGUGUUAUUUCUCUUAAAUAGAUGUUACGAAAUAUAUUUGAUGAAUAUAGAAAAUAUGAAUAAUAUGAAUAGUGGAAUGAAUAUGGAAUUAUAUAAUAACAAAUAUAAAACGAAUCAUAUAGAAAAAAAGGAUAAUAAUGAUCAUUUUGAUGAUAACAUAUCAAACGUAGUAUUAAAUGAUAAUAUAGAAGAAAAAGAAAAUAAAGUUUUGAUUGAUUAUAUAUUAAGUAAUGAAGAUUUAAUAUAUGAAAAAGAAAUAUGUAGUAAUGGAAUAUUAAAAAAUAUUUUAUUAAAAUUAUUUACUAUUCUUUAUAAUUUGUUAGAUACUACAGAAGAAGAAUUAGAUGAAUCUUUUUUGGUUAAGAUGGAAAAUACAAUUUACCAUUUUAAUUGUCCUAUAUGUUUUAUAUAUAUAAUAUUGAAUAUUAUAAGAAAGAAAAAAAAAAAUAUAAAUGAAUUUAUAGAAAAGUUAAAAAAUAAAAUAGUAUAUUUUUUUGAACAUAUCGAAUCUAUUGAAUUGAAUAAUAUAUUUUGUAAUAUAUUAAUAACGUUUAUAUUCUUGAUAAAUGAUUUUAAAAAGGGUGAUACCUUUUUGAAUAUGGUGUGUAUAAAAUUGAAGAGGAUUCAUGAAAAUAUUGAUAAUAAUACGGAAAUGAAAACAACAAGUAAUAAUAAUAUUAGUGAUAAUAAUAAUAAUAAUAAUAAUAAUAAUAUUAUUUGUGGUAGUAGUAAUAGUAGUUGUAAUAAUAAUAUCAUGAUUAAGAAUUGUAUUUAUUUAACACAAAGCAUUUUGGUUAUUGAUAAAAGUGUUAGUAUACGUAAUGAUUUAUUUUUAAAUUUUGAAAAAGAUUUAAAGAAUGUAAAUACAUGUAUGAAUAUCCUUAAUAAUUUAAUUAUCCUUUUAUAUUAUAUGAUAAUAAAUUUUGGUAGUUCAUGCAACAAAUUUGUUUUUGUUCUUUUACGUUUUUUUAAACAUGAUAAUUCUUUCCUUAGAUAUUUAUCAUUUUAUGUAUUAUCUAAAUUAUUAUCAGAAGAUUAUAUAAAAUAUAAUAAUCAAUUUUUCUUUGGUGUUUUAUAUUUAUUAGCAGAUAAAAAUGAAAUAAUACGUAAACAAUCUUUAUCUGUAUUUAAACACAUUUUAAUGAUGUAUUCUAAUAAAACGAAUAUAAUAAAUUAUAUAAUAGAAUGUAUAUUUGUUUUAAACAAUUUUUAUAACUUCAAAUUAAGUAAACAUUUAAUACAUAUAGGAAAUAUAUUUCAUAUACAUAAUAAAAUUGACAGAUAUAAAAUUUAUUCAUAUUUAUUAGAAAAUUUAAGUAAUAGUGAAAAAUUUUCUUUACAACAAAAAUUAAUAAAUGAAUAUUUAAUACAAUAUGUAUAUAAUUAUGAUAAUUAUUAUUUCGAAGAAGAUGAUGAUAUAAGAAAUGAAAAUACGAAAAUAAAAAAAAAAACAAUAUUACCAUUAAAUGAUGAAGAUAAUGAAGGUUCAGUAUUAUUAGAUGUAUUAAAUAUUUUAUCUUGUAAAUUAAUGAAAAUUAAAAUUAAAAAAGAUUUCGCUUCUAAAUUAGAAGAAAAAAAUAAAAAUAUCAGAAUAAAAAAUGUAGAAAAUAGUGUAAAAGUAUUAAAUGAUUUAAUGAAAAAUAUUUUAAAAAAAAAUACAUUACCAAUCUUAUUAUCAUUAAGAACAAUUAUGUUUAAAACCAAAUCUUUUUUUUUUAAAUAUAUUAAUAAUUUAAUUAUAUAUUUAUGUAUAGAUUAUAAAGAUUCAAUAGAGGAAUUAAUAAAUGAAACACAUAUUAGAAAUGAAAUAAUUAUAGAUUUUCAAAAUUUUAUAUAUGUAGAUUCCAUAUUAUUACAUGCUGAACAGUAUAAUCAUCUAUUCUUUGAUAAAAAUAAAAAUAUCAAUAUCAAUUUUCUACAACAUUCGGAAAAUAUAUUUGACACACAAAUAAAUCAUCACCAAAAUAAAGUUAAAAAGAAUAAAAAAAAUAUAAAAUAUUAUCACACAAUGGAUAAUAAUCAUAAUAAUAACAAUGAUAAAAAAAAUAAUAAUAAUUAUUCUUAUUACACUUCUAGUGAUGAAUAUCAGCAAGUUGAAAAAGUCUUACAUGGAAUAUCAUCUGACAGCGACGAAUAUGCCCAAAAAAAAAAAAAUAAAAAUAAAAAAAUGAAAAAAUAA